AUGGAGGGCCUUCCACAGAACUAUCGAGACAAUAUCACGAUCGACAAUGAGGUCGAAAUUGUCUGGGUGAACCAAAAAGGACAGGUCAUCCCGAAAAACAAGGCCGGCGCAACGUGUUGCGCGGUGGAAGAUGAUGCGGAAGUUGUUGUCGGCAUGCCUCGCGUUGCAAGCAUCAGGAAAUCGGCGGUAGAGACGGAAUUGAGCAACAGCAACCUCCCAGCCAGCCCUGGGGGCACGCGCCGCACGUCGGUCGCUGGCACCGUGUCGCCCUCUCCCCAGCUGAUCGGAGCAUGGUUUACUAACGGGACGGACACCGGAGGCGAGGGGGCGCCAAGUUCUCCCGCGGGCUCCAUCGGACCACCGGACACCGAGGACGAUGACGCCGACCCCGAAGGCCAUCCCUGUAUGGCCCUCGAGCCGUAUGCCCGCGAAAUGUACAACACCGUUCGGAAGGGGCUACUUGGGAAGAAAAGGACCCCAAUGGAGACGCUGCUGAGCUGGAAGGGAAAGCAGAUCACGGUUCCGCUGACGAUCGCGUGCAACCAAGCAAAAGCCGUGUCGAGCGAGUGCGUGGCGUGCUUCGGGGACAUCAUGGUGUAUAUGGGUGACAAGAAAGCCAAGGAAUCCGGAAUGCAGCUCAUCAAGAGCCUCCACACGAGGUUGUUGGCUUCCACGCAAGAGUUCAGAGAUGAAAUUAUCUGCCAGGUACCAUCUUCUGAAGCGCAGCGGUCGAAAGGGGGCGCGUAGCAAAGGCACCACGCGGUUAUCGGUAGUUACAUACCAUAGUUGAUAACUGUAAGACCCGCGAUUUUAGCGUCCGUGCGGUGCCACAACAUGGUGGGGGUCGGUGUUAUGCCCGCCUGGCGCGAUUCAAUAACGGAGCUUAAACAUAUUCGUCGAGAGAACAAAGGUUUGUUUUCCGAUGCUAUUUCUGCUCGUGAAAACUACAUCGCUCUUUUAGUUCGGUUCGUGAGCAGAGGAAUUGCCCCAGGGGAAAGUCAAAGGAGAAAGUCUUGGUUGGUCCUUUUCAUCGGCCGUCCACAUGUACCAACUGCUGCCCCGGAGUUGAGGAUAAGCCCUCGUUGGUUCCCGAACACGUUUCAUGGUCUUCAAACUGGAUCUACUCGAAAACAAACACCGCUGACAGAAAAAUCAGACACCGGGACGAGAUAUCCGCGACGCAACUGCAAACAAAGGAAUGUCGGAUCGUAGAAAUACCUUUUGACCCUAUCUCAGGCUUUCAGAAUCUCGUCCGAACUAGGGAAUGUAUUCAUGAUAGGAGAAUAACUCCCACUCUCGACACCGAUGAACACUGCUGUCCUGUCCACAGAUUCUGCUCCCUCCUAUUUUGAUUGAUCAGGUAUGCAAGCAGACAACCUCAAAUCCAGACGCCAAUAGCGACCUGCGCGGUUGGCAGUUGAUACUGUCAAUCUUGGCCGUGGCGACGCCAAGCAAAGCGCUGAUUCCUUGCUUCAGAAAGCAUUGUGAGCUGGGACCUGUGGGCUC